UACAGCCUUUCUCUUUAGUUCCGCAGUGCGAUAAAUAUAAAUAUUUUCAGUGUCGUAAGAUGAACUCUCUCGCGCAGGAGAUCGAGGGAUUCUCCACAGCGCGUCUGAGGAAGCAGAGCACGAGAGUGACAACCGUGACGGGAAAGAAACUCGUAGAGACGCGUAGCGGCGAUGAUUUCCAUGUCACACGCGAUACAGAGCGCGAGAGUGACGCGGCGUGCGGGUUUGUGCAGGACUUGAACCUGGACCUACAAGUGGGCAUCAUAAGACCCUUCCUCCUUCUCUGUGCGUUUUUAUCGUCAUUGUCUAAGUUGACCCAACCCCACUGUUUUGCAUCCCAGGAUGCAGCCCAUGACAUAGACACAUUGAAGAAAUUAAAGGUGACUCAUGUGCUGAAUGUGUCAUAUGGGGUUCAGAACGUGUUUCCUGAUCUCUUCACUUAUAAGACUGUUACCAUGAUGGAUAUUCCAGAGACAGACACCACCUCAUACUUCCCUGAAUGUUUUGAUUUCAUAAAGGAAGCCAGCCAACAGGAUGGAGUGGUGCUGGUCCACUGUAAUGCUGGAGUGUCCCGCUCUGCUUCUGUUGUCAUCGGUUUCCUCAUGUCCCAGGAGAAGAUGUCCUUUGAUGAAGCCUUCAGUGCUGUGAAAACUGCCCGGCCUUCCAUCCAGCCAAACCCAGGCUUUAUGAAUCAGCUGAAGAAAUAUAAUCCAUGCCACACAAACAUUUAUGACUGAUCUGAUAUUUCUGUUAACCAAAUUGUUCUGUAUAUAUUAAUAUUUUUAUGAAUGUUUACACUUGUUGCAUAAAUAUUUAAAAAAAAAAAAAAAAAAACUUUGCUGCUGAUUUAUUGAUGAUUUUACAUUUUAAUGAGUUUUAGUUGGUGACUUUUAUUUUAAAAUACAUCAGGAAGGGAAACUGUUCAACCUUUGAAUUCAGAACGGUUCACGUCACAACCGUCACAACACAGUAACUGAAGGGACUUUUGGCAAAACAAAUGAAUCAAUGAUUUAGUCACCUGUUUUAUUAAAUAUUUUAGUGAUAUUUCAAAGUCAAAACUUCAAAAUGGAAAUACAGAAACUGAUAUUAAAUUG